AUGCUUCGGACAGCUUUUACCUCGUGCAGACUGCUUUCGCUGUCGGCGUUGCUUCGAAAUGCUGCGCCUGCAGUGUCUUCUGCUUCCAAAGCUCUUCCAGACUUGACCUACCUCAAAUUCGACUCGAAUGCUUCCAAAGAUCUUUACGCUGUGUGUAAGAUCCACAAUAUUCCAUACAUGGUUACCAAAGGUGACAAGCUAAUUUUGCCUUACAAGAUCAGAAACCACGAAGUGGGCGACGUGUUCAAGUUGGACAAUGUUGUCACUCUUGGGUCCAGAAACUUCACCUACAACGACAAGGAAGGUAUCCCAGAGGAUGUGUUUGAAUUGACAGCUACGUUGGCUGAAAUCACCAGAGAGCCCAAAUACCAGGUUGUCAGAAAGAAGCAAAGAUGCAGAAGAAAGAAGACUACCGAUGUCGAGCCUUACCAGACACACUUGAUCAUCAACGAGUUGAGGUUGAAAUGA